GUUUCGGAAAGAAAUUUUAUUUAAUUUAUUGAUAUUGCGUCAAUUUCAAUUGAAUAUUAUUAAUGAUGUUACUUUAUGGGUACUGCCGAUUAAUUCUUAUCGGAGUCCAAUUAUUUCUACCUUUGUGGUGUUUAUUGGCUGUUAUAUACACUCUGAUUGAGAUUGGUGUGUAUAUUUCGAAAAUAAUAUAUGUUCGACGUAGGAGUCGAAAGGAUUCCAUAGACCAAUUCCGCUUGGUUCGAUAUCAGAAAAGAUCGAAACAAGAAUUUGCUCAGAAUCACCCAAGUUAUAAUGAUUAUUAUAAUCGUAAGGAAAUAGAGAAAACAAGGAAAAAUUCUUGUCCUGAGUCGUCAAAUAUUUCUAUAAAUAUAAGAAGCAAUAAUACAAAAAAUAAUGAAAUUUUCAGUUCAUACAGUUCUAGUAGACGAAUAAUGGAAAAAAUGCAAUUGAAGAGUUCCAUUAAUCAGUCUGCUGAAGAAAAGCCUACUGAAAAUAUAUCUGAAAGCAAUUCUUCGAUAGCCAUUCCAACAACAUUAAAAAAAGGCAUAUCUUAUCGAAGAAAUCUUCUCAUAUAUAACUCUCUUGGAACUCGAAUACAAACUGAACCUAUACCUGCUCAUCUUCCUGCAUUAGAAGAACGUAAUAGAGAUAAAAAGUUGGAAGAAAAACGACUGGAAUGGUUGUUGUCUGGAGUAAAACAAGCCUGCAAGAAGAAAGAUUGUACAAAAAGUGGUAUUUAUUGCGGUAGCCAACAAGGCUUGGUUCGAUAUCAGGAAGGUUCGAAACAAGAAUUUGCUCAGUAUCAAAAAGUGGAUCUAAAUUACUCAAAUUGCAAUGAUUAUUAUAAUCAGAAGCAAAUAGAUAAGAAAAAGAAAAGAACUUAAACAUUGA